GUCCCUGGCGGCGCUGGUCGGGGAGACGGUGAUGACGCCGUCGGGGCAGGCCAAUGUCAUUUACCUGGCGGUGAACGAGAGCAGCCCGGGGAGCCUCCUGCUGCAGCUGUGCGAGCUGCUCGCCACCACGCCGUUGCAGGGUUUGGUGUUUGAGGAGGAGAGGCCGCCGCCCCCCAACCGCGCCCCCCUGGCCCCCAUGCUGGAGUUCAUCUCGGCGCAAACCGGCGUUCCCGUGGUGGCGGUGGGCGGAGGUGCCAGCCUGGGACGAGAGCCGCAGGAGAGCGGCUCCAUCUACCUGCAGUUCACCUGCUCGACGGCGCUGCAGCUGGAGGUGAUCUUCGAGGUCUUGGAGGAGUACGACUGGACGUCCUUCUCGGUGGUCACCACGCGCCACCACGGCUACGAGGACUUCCUGGACAUGGUGGAGGGCAUGACGGACGGCUCCUUCAUCGGCUGGGAGAGGAAAAGCGUGGUCGUCCUCAACAUCACCGACGACCCCGGGGGCACCCGCACCAAACGCGUGCUCAAGGACAACGAGGCGCAGGUGCGUCUGCUGUACUGCUCCCUGGAGGAGGCCGAGCUUGUGUUCCUCGCGGCCUGGGCGUCGGGCCAGGCGGGCCCCAGCCACAUGUGGUUCGUCGUGGGCCCGGCGCUGUCUGGCUUGGGUCUGGAGGGGCUGCCCAAGGCCUUGUUCGCCAUCCGGCCUCAGGGAUGGAGGGACGAGCCACGCAGACGCAUCGCCAAGGGCGUGUCUGUGCUGACCCACGGCGCCAUGGCCCUCCGGCGGGACCAGGGGGCCGGCGGCCGGGCUCAGUACGCCGGAAACUGCCACAGCGACGGCAACCACACGCAGCGAGUGGCUGACAGAAUCCGGUACUUCACCAACAUUUCCAUCGGGGGGCGGGACUACUCGUUUAACAACGACGGCUACCUGUCCAAUCCGCUGCUGGACGUCAUCUCCUACAAUAAUGGGCGGGGCUGGGAGGAGGUGGGCUGGUGGGAGAACGGCCACCUGCGCUUGCGCUACCACCCGUGGUCUCGCUACGGCUCCUUCCUCAAGCCGCUGGACGACGCGCAGCACCUGCGAGUGGUCACGCUGGAGGAGCGCCCGUUCGUCAUCGUGGAGCCCGCCGACCCGGGGACCAGUUCCUGCAUUCGGGACUCGGUGCCCUGCCGCAUGCCCCUCAACUCCAGCUUGGUGGUGGAGGGUGCGUCUCCCAUGAAGCAUUGCUGCAAAGGCUUCUGCAUCGACGUUCUCAAGAGGCUCGCCAAGAUCGUGGGCUUCACCUACGACCUCUACCUGGUCACCAACGGACGCCAUGGGAAGAACAUCAACGGAGAGUGGAACGGCAUGGUGGGCGAGGUGGUAUCCAACAGGGCCGACAUGGCCAUCGGCUCGCUCACCAUCAACGAGGAGCGGUCGGAGGUUGUGGAGUUUUCCGUGCCCUUCGUGGAGACGGGCAUCAGCGUCAUGGUUUCCCGUAGCAACGGCACCGUGUCGCCUUCCGCCUUUCUCGAGCCGUACAGCCCGGCCGUGUGGGUGAUGAUGUUCGUGAUGUGUCUGUCGGUGGUGGCCGUCACCGUCUUCAUCUUCGAGUUCUUCAGUCCGGUCGGUUACAACCGCAGCCUGCAGAGCGCCAAAAAGUCGGGCGGCUCCAAGUUCACGAUCGGCAAGUCGGUUUGGCUUCUGUGGGCGCUGGUCUUCAACAACUCUGUGCCUGUGGAGAACCCCCGAGGAACCACCAGCAAGAUCAUGGUUCUGGUGUGGGCCUUCUUCGCCGUAAUCUUCUUGGCGUCGUACACCGCCAACCUGGCCGCCUUCAUGAUCCAGGAGGAGUACAUCGACACCGUGUCGGGACUCUCCGACAAGAAGUUCCAGCAGCCCACCGAGCAGUACCCACCCCUGCGCUUUGGUACGGUGCCCAACGGCAGCACGGAGGAGAACAUCCGCUCCAACUAUCCCAACAUGCACCAGUACAUGAUCCGCAACAACCAGAAGGGCGUGGAGGAGGCCAUCGACAACCUGAAGACGGGUAAAUUGGACGCGUUCAUCUACGAUGCCGCCGUGCUCAACUACAUGGCCAGGAAGGAUGAAGGCUGCAAGGUGAUGACCAUCGGCUCUGGCAAAGUGUUUGCCACCACCGGCUACGGCAUCGCUCUGCACAAGAACUCCCGAUGGAAGCGACCGCUUGACCUGGCGCUUCUGCAGCUGGUGGGAGACGAUGAGAUUGACAUGUUGGAGCGUCUUUGGCUGUCGGGAAUCUGCCACAACGACAAGAUUGAGGUGAUGAGCAGCAAGCUGGACAUCGACAACAUGGCGGGCGUCUUCUACAUGCUGCUGGUGGCCAUGGGCCUCAGCCUGCUGGUGUUCGCCUGGGAGCAUUUGGUCUACUGGAAGCUCCGACACUGCGUCAAGCGCUCCGGCGGCAUGGACUUCCUCUUGGCUCUCAGCAGGGGCAUGUACAGCUGCUGUCAGUUUGAGGAUGAGACGGCGCCAGGAAGCGGUAAGAGUUCUCUGCCGCAGUACCAUACGGUGCCCACCAUGCCCACCGUGGCCCAGCAGCACCUGGUGACCGCCACGGUCAACAACACCACCGCCAUCGCCAUGGUGCAGCAGCAGCUGCCACCCAAGCACGUCCCAAAGCAGCCGCAAGGGCAGACGUACACCACCAUGCUGCCGGGCUCGCCGCCGCCCACGGGGCAUUCGGCCAUGGCGCUGGGACCCUCAAACAGCCCCCUCUUUGAAGGCCCCAUGCCCUGCUCCACCUUCCUGCCUCGCCAUGACCGCAGACUGGCUGUGGUGGAUCGCUGGAACAGGCCCAAGCCGGAGAAGGUCCUGAGUGGCGGCAGCGGUGCGAGUCUGGGAAUCGGGGGUAUCGCGGGAGGCAUCACUGAACUCCAGGCCCAGCAGCAGUACCAGCAGAACCUGGGACAACACUGGAAACUGCAAGGAGCAGGUGACCAAGGGCUGGAUGAGUACAAGCGGUACUAUGGUCCUAUAGAUCCGGAGGGGCUUGGAGCUAACUCCGACCAACACGUUGGAGGCAGCCAACAGACACCCAAAGCUAAUCCCAGAGGUCCCAAAGCUACUGGAAUGUUGAGGCCCCCUCCCAAAGGCCCCGGACCCUUAAUCAGUAAGCCACCGCCUCCCAUGCUGUCCUCGCCACGAAGGCCUCCCUUCUGGCGGCGUGGAAGUCUUGCCCAAGCGAGGAGGAAGAGUUCAGGGGGUCCUCUGUAUGAGAACAUCCUCCCUCUGGGGAGAAGAGGAGGCGGCAGGUACGGAGGAAGUGAUCUCAUGGGAAGGAGGGGUCGGCGUCCUCCCCCACCUCCUCCUCUGCCAGUCCCCCUUUCUUCCCCAAUGCAUACUCCGACCACUCCCUCAUCUCCAUGCCGCUUCUACUCCACCUGCUCCAGCGCCUCAUCAUCGUCCUCUUCAUCCACGUCUUCCUCCUCCUCCUCCUCCUCCUCAUCGUCCGUCUCUGUCUCCCGCUCCAAUUCUCCUUCUUCCUGCUCCAGUGACAGCUCCUACAACUCCUCCUUAAGCUUCCGCUAUCGUGCGGGUGACCGGGAAUUUACAGUGGAGGAUGACUACGACUCAGAUCUGCUUACGGAAGAGUCCAGUCUUCUCCUGGGCUCCCGCCGGAAGGUUCGCUCGCGUCGCAUGUCGUCGCGCUCGCUGCCAUGUAGCCCGCCGCCACCGCCUAUCCCGCCGCGCAAGCCACGUCCACAGAGAGACUACGGGCGAGAGCGGAGAAGCAGUCAGCUGGCACAAUUGCAAGAGUGGUGGGCAUCGUGGGGCGACAGGGAAAGGGGAAGGUCAGGGACAACCAACCCAGGAGAUGUGGGUGGACUGAGAGAAGACAAAAGGCAGCACAAAGAGAGGGAACGCGAGAACAAGAGGAGGAAGAAGGGGAGAAAGAAGAAGAAGAGGGAGGAAAGGGAGAGAGAAAGGGAGCGAAAACGGCGUAAAGCAAAGAAGAAAAAGAAAGAUGAAAAGGUGAGGAAGAAGGAGAGAAAGAAGUCGGAGCAGGAGGGAAGAGACCCUGAGAAGCGAGAGGAGGCCAAACCAGGAACGCCGGACUACCCGUCGUACCUUCACCUGAGGAGGGAAUCCUUCCGCAAAAAGAAUGAGAGCUCCAUUAGGAGCUACGGAUGGAACAUCGCAGCUGACGACGACAGGAAGAAUAGAGAAGAAAAAGAGCGAGAGGAUGGCGAUGACGGCCGAGGGAAAGAAAGGCAGCACAGACGCAGGAACAGCAAACACUAUCAGUCCGCCAGCAAUAAGCCGUCCGCAUCUGUCAAGUUCUGGGCAGGCAACCUCUCGUCUGACACCAUCCCAUCAGCCUUCCUACCACUGUUGCCCGUCACUUCGAAGAGGAGGAAGAGCAAAAGCUCAGACAGGGAUGUUGUCGGAAUAGAAGGAGAGAGGAAACCACUGCUGGGCCGGAACGGGAGAGGUGAGAUGCCCUCCAAGGAAGGUUUAUCUUUCCACGAGUGGGAAUCCGACUUGGAGGAAGAUGAAGAGUCUGAGCAAGAGCAAAGGAAAGGCGAGCAUGCGAAGAGGCAAGGCAGGAAAUUUUCUGAUGAGGACGGAGACCGGGACAAGGUCGUCGGGAUAUAUUCGGAUGAUGAAGGCUCUUCGGGGGAGUUUGGCAAGUUCGAGAGGUACUGGGACGAUCGUGACGGCAGAGCUGUGGGCGGGAUUGGAGGAGGGGGCUGGUUUUUUAGUACGUACCCCUGCCAGGGACAAAGCAGGUAGCAUCAACAGCAGAGAUGACUUGGUCCUGGA